AUGCCAUAUAAACGCUCGCUUUUGAAGAUUUCGAUUCUCCUUCUCGUGAUAUUCAGCGCCAUUUCAUUCUACAAUCAUGAAUCGGCGUCCUCGUCAAUAAUACAGUCAUUUACUCCGCCUGGGAGGGACCGCAGCCCUACAUCUCCCCACGUCGGCAGCUGGAAGACCUGGUUCCACCCUCUCCAAAUUCCCGCAGGAAGCGAAUCCAAAAAGCAUCGCAAGGGGUGGAACCUCCUGCAGCACCUCGGUGGCAAUGGACCUUGGAUCGAGAAGAUCGAUGAUCGCGAGGAGUCGUCUAAUCUCGCGCCUCCGGAUGGGUGUUCGAUUGAGCAGGUGCAUUUGAUGUCGCGUCAUGGAGAAAGAUACCCCACAACCUCCGCAGGAAAUCGUCAUCUUGAAUUACUAGACCGCGUCAAAUCACUCCAAGUCCCUCUGAAUGGCCCUCUCGCGUUUCUCAAAAAUUGGACAUACUUCACCGACCUCCCGGCUCGAGAUUUUGGACAAUUAUCCAGCACCGGUCCAUACGCCGGCACCUUGAACGCAUUCACAACUGGAGCUCGCUUCCGGACAAGAUAUAGUCGAUUAAUCCCCGACAAUGCGACAACACGACUAUGGGCUAGCGAUUCCCAGCGCGUCAUAGACACAGCUUAUCAUUUCGCCACCGGUCUAUUCGGCCUUCACUGGGAACUGAAAGGUCACGCAAAACUAGAAGUUAUCCCCGAGACAUUUGAGCGUGGCGCCGACACACUGACCCCGGGUGAUACAUGCCAAAAGUAUAUCGAGGAUCCGAAGUAUGGACACGACUACGGGGCGAACAUGCUUGCACAAUUCCAAGAUAUUUAUAUCCCACCUAUAGCGAAGAGACUACUCGAGAAGAACCCUGCUCUUGAGAAAUUCGCGAACACAGAAGUGUACAGCAUGCAAGAGAUGUGUGGAUUUGAAACUAUGAUCCGCGGGUCGAGUCCUUGGUGCGACGUCUUUACGGAGGACGAUUGGCUGAACUUUGAGUAUUCUCGGGACCUUGUUCAUUAUUAUCGAGCAGGACCGGGGAACUCAUAUGCGGGUGCUAUGGGGUGGCUUUGGUUGAAUGCUACAACAUCUCUGCUCCAGGCUGGCCCGGCCGCCGGGACGUUAUACUUGAGCUUUGUUCACGAUGGAGAUAUGUCCCCUUUACUUGCAUCAUUGGGCAUCUUGUCCGACCCGAAUGAGACGAGUCUACCAACAACGCAUGCCUUGACUGACCGACUAUGGAAGACCUCAUCGGUUCUCCCCAUGGGCGCACGAAUCACCUUCGAACGGCUGGCCUCUUCAAGUUCUCAUUCGAUAAUACCCCGUUCUGCCCUGCUCUUCCCACUACCCGCCAUGGAGUACCACGCUGUGCCGCCCGAGGAGCGCGCACGAGAUGAGAACGGCAACCUCCUACCCUGGGGUUAUGUCUAUAAAGAUGAAACUCGCAAUCCCCGCCGACCAGUGGAAGAACAUGGACCCUUUGGCAAGAGGAGGAACGCUCGCUGGGACAACGCCCGAUCUCGAACCCGCACCGGAACUCCAGCCAAACGCGAGAACCCCAACGUCGCAGAAUUCGGCCAAUUAUUCGCCAAGCAACAAGAGGAUGAAAAGGUCCAUGGAAUCCCCAAGUCAACAUCCUCAUCCAGUCUCGACAACCCCCGCAAACAAACGGAGAAGGUCGCGACCGAGUGCAUCCUGCGCGGAUACAAGGCCAAGGACAGCGAAUGGAAGGUUAUCGACAAGUACGAGCGCAUCUCGCAAGGCUUGAUCUGUGAAGAUUACCCACGCAGCGACCCCAACUCCGCCGCCCAGUAUGGGCAGCUCUUCUCCGGCGACGUCGUCAUCCGCGCCAACCUCUCCGCAGAUGCCAAUCGCAAAUCCAAGCGCUACGACGGCGGUUACCACUGGAUUAAGGUGACAUUCGACUCGACACAGGCAGCCGACCGGGCAUGCUUCUACUCCCCGCAGGAAAUCGACGGCCACCUCGUCUUCUGCGAGCUAUACCACGGCCACGGGCCGGCGGAGGAUAUCCCCGUCCCCAAGGACUCAAUGGAUACAUCCAGCUCCAACCAGCUGCGAAACCGUGGCCCCCGAACCCUGACAACCGCACACUCAACCGCGUUCCUGAGCAGUAAUGAUAUCGGCCGCGGACCCUCAACCCUCCCUCGAUCCUUCGCCAUGAACAACCUCGCCGGCACGGCCAACGACGGCCUCGAAGAAGAAGAGUUAUCCCUCAACGAAUCAACCACAACCGCCACCUCUGGCACGGCAACGGCAACAGUCACAACAACCGCAACAGCGACCGCAACAGGAGCUUCAACCAGCUUCGGCGCCUCGCCAACUCUCACCCAACGACCCGUCACCGUCACCACCGGACCCGCAGAACCCAAACCCGAAUCCGACUUCAUGACACACAUCCCAACCGUGCGACGCACAAAGCUCCGCCCCCUCACCGAAGCCUUACCCCCACAACCAACAAUGACCGAACGCGUGCUCCGCUCAAUUCCCAUCCUGAGCUGGUUUACCGGCGACAUCGUCGGCGACGGACCCAUGCUCCGCGAAGACGGCACCUUCGACAACGACAAAUCAGGCGCAUACUGGCGCUUCUGGUAUAUGAUUGAUAUGAUCCUGGGCACGGAUUUGUGCGGGCUGAAGGAGGAGUCUUGA